AAAACGUUUUUUCGAAGGUGCUGGACAUCUGCAUGCGUGUUACAUAAAAGAAAACGUGGUAUUUCUUCCUGCGUCCAUGAAUUCCCGAUUCUUGAGAGCCGGUAGAACUUGGUAGAACGUACUAAGCAGAACAGUUUAUGUGUCGGAUACUAGCGGGGCGAACCCAACGUUUGCGAACCGAACGCGCGCCGUGCACGUGCACGCGAGCCAGCUGUAAGCCGCAGUUCGAGUCGAGUCGGUUUCGCAGCGGCGCAUUUGACGUGGCUUGUAUAUUGCCUACAGCAACAAAACUGCAACCUUUGCUCAAGUGCUGAUUGCGCGCGGUUUGCUGUGUGCGCUUCCCGUCUUGCUCAGUGCGCCGUACGUGAGUUACUAUAUUGAUAUUGAUUUAACUCGGAACAUCAACCCGUAGAGAAUGGCCAAGCUGCCGGGAACAGUAUUUCUCUUUGAUGUGGACGGAACAUUGACUAAGAGCAGGCAAGUGAUCACCAACGAAAUGUCCGAGUUUCUCCGAAGACUGAAGCGUGAUGUCGCCGUCGCCCUUGUCGGUGGUUCGGACCUGGUGAAGAUAGAAGAGCAAAUGGGAGGGCCAGGUGCUGUAGCCGAGUUUGAAUACGUGUUUUCGGAGAACGGCUUGGUCGCCCACAGGAAUGGUAAACUGAUCGGAAAGCAGAGCCUGCUUAACUUUAUGGGAGAGGAGAAGCUGCAGAAGCUGAUCAACUUCUGCCUCCGCUACGUGGCCGACUUGACUUUGCCCCAGAAGCGCGGAACUUUCGUGGAGUUUCGAUCGGGCAUGCUCAACGUGUCGCCAAUUGGCCGCAAUUGCAGCCUCAGCGAACGAAACGCCUUCGAAAUUUACGACAAGGAGCACGGCAUCAGGGCGAAAUUCGUGAAGGCUUUGCGGGAAAACUUCGCCGAUUACAACCUACAGUAUUCCAUCGGAGGACAGAUCAGCUUCGACGUUUUCCCACGCGGUUGGGACAAGACUUACUGCCUUGACCAACUUGUUCAGGAUGGCUACAAGACCAUACACUUUUUUGGCGACAAAACCGCCGAGGGUGGUAAUGACUAUGAAAUUUACGAAGAUCCCAGGACCGUGGGACACUCCGUGAAAUCUCCAGAAGACACAAUGGUGCAAGUAGAGGAAACACUGUCAUCUGUGAAGAAGUCGGCGUAGGCGUUUAGGCACGCUGCGCGUUUCAGGAUGAAAAAUAGAAAAGUUAUGUUUAAUUGUCGUGACAGAUUUCAGGAGAAACGUCGUGAUUGCAUUUUUAAUUAAUUCCAUGUUACAGACUGCUUAGAAUUCCACACCAGCCCAAUUGACUAUAUAAUUGCAGUUUGUUACUCGUAUGUUAUAACCCUUCAAGUCAGAGCUGCUCAUUUUCUAAAUAAAGUACGUUCUGUAAAGUGUGCAGUGGCACAUAACUGCCACCAAUAAAUCUGAUCGUGUGUUUU